AUGAUAGUGCUUCUUGCUUUGCUUGCGCUUGCGGAAGCUCACAAUGGCACUUGCCCCUCAACCAAAAAGUGUGGCAGUGGUGCCGGUACAGAAGCUGGGCUGCCUUGCUGCCAAAUAGACUCAUCAACCUUUGAGUGUUGCUCAUCGUCAGAGGCUUGCAUUCCUAAAGUUGGCUGCCGGUGCCAAACUCUCCGACAAUAUGAUGACUACAGCUUUGAGCAAUUUUGCAAAGAGUUUGUGAAGUCCUACGCAGAUGAAGAAAUCGCACACCGACGAGCCGUUUUCCAGGCAAAUUUGGAGAAGAUCAAGGCACACAAUGCAGAAUACGAAGCUGGCAUUCAUUCGUGGCACAUGGCAGUGAACCAAUUCGCGGACUGGUCUGAAGAAGAAUUCAGCGCCAUCAGAUCAACCCGAUACCAGUCUUCCAUGCAGGCAGCACACACCGUGGAGUUUGACAGCAAGACCCCCAGACCUGCAAGCAUGGAUUGGCGGAGCAAGGGUGUUGUGACGCCGGUGAAAAACCAGGGUUCAUGCGGAUCUUGUUGGUCUUUCAGCGCAACCGAGACGGUUGAGUCUCAGUAUGCAAUUUCAUCGGGCCACCUGCUGACUUUGGCCCCACAAACAUACGUGAACUGUGUGAAGAACCCACAUGACUGUGGCGGAACAGGUGGUUGCGAAGGCGCUACUAUGGAGUUGGCCUUCAACCUCACAGUGACAAAAGGCAUUGCGCUUGAAAGCGACUUGCCUUACAAAGGGAGGGAUGAGACGUGCAAGGCCUACAAGCCUGCGGUGAAGGCCAGUGGUUAUGUCAGGCUUCCUGUGAAUGAUGCCAGUGCACUUGAAGAAGCGCUUGCAAGCAAGGGCCCUGUCUCUGUGACAGUUGCCGCGGGAUCUUGGCAACUGUAUGGUGGUGGCAUUUUCACAGGAUGCAGCAAACAUUCGACGGCAAUCCUGGACCAUGGUGUGCAAGCGGUGGGCUAUACAAAAGACAGCUGGAUCGUUCGAAACAGUUGGGGAGAAUCUUGGGGUGAAAAGGGCUACAUCAGGCUCUCAAGGGCAAGCGACUCCAAAACCUUCCUGGACACACGACCGGCAGAUGGAGAAGCCUGCAAGCCAUACCCAAAGACUCAAACAGUUGGAGGUGAAUGUGGUGUGCUCUUCGACUCUUCUCUUCCUGUCGGAGUAAGCGCAGCCUUUGAUGAAGUUGUGGUUUGA